UGAAUUCUUCAGGGGAAUAAAAUAUCACAAUGCUAAAUUACCAGUUUAAUUCAGAACAGGUUAAAACUAAAUAUCUUUAAAAUCUCCCAUGAAGUUGUAUGUGUCUAGAGUACAUCAGAUAAAUUUUCUUAACGCUCAUUUAAAGAUCUCCACAGGUGUCUCUGAGUUGCAUAAAGUAUUUGUUGUUUACACUCUUUAGGCUAACUUUGAACAAUGUAUAAAUUACAUUGUUGUGUCUGGAAACAUUUGUUAUUUCUUCAUGUUUUAACAUUUUGGGUCAAAUGUUUAAUUAAACAAAUAUAACAAUAAUAAUAUUUCUUCCAUUUAACAAGCAGUUCAGAUGCCCUGUCUGUUUUCAGAUUUCACAGCAAAAAAAAAAAUGUGUAUAAACACAUAUACAAGAAGACUUGACCAGGACAGAUGAACCCAAGGCUAUUGUCUUUUUACUCUGUGGGAUGCCUCAGACAAAUCCCUCUUAGUUGCAGGUGGUCAGGCGUGAGCAAAGAGUUAAGUCCUCGCGUCCCUCGGCCCCUCCCCUUUGAUGUCCUGACAUCAUUGGCCCUGCCCCCUAAAAUAAUCCCCCUUCCCCCAAAUUCAAGCUUUCGGCAGAGUGCAGAGGAACUGUAAGGGUGUCCUGCACAGGACUAAGGGUUAGCAAACCAUCCUGGAAAUACAGAUAAGAAAUAUGCUUUAGGGUCUCUCGAAGACAAUUGCAUAUAUACACCACGAAGGUGUUGUGCUCGUGGCGGAGAGAGAUGGCUGUUCAGACUGCCAUCAUGAACUCGCAGUUCUUAAACUUCUGUUUUCCUGGCUCGGUCAUGGAUUAUGGGGUGGAAAAGGGUCUGGAAGGGGGUCUCCUGGGUGAGGUGGAUUGCGGGGGUGACUUCAAGGAGACCACUAGAGACCUGCUUAGCUUCAUCGACUCAGCUUCCAGCAACAUCAAACUUGCACUGGACAAGCCUGUUAAGUCUAAGAGGAAAGUCAACCACCGAAAGUACCUGCAGAAGCAGAUUAAGAGGUGCACAGGAAUCAUCUCGCCAGGGACCACACCGGUUCAGGAGCCAUGUAAGAGGCAAGGCUCGCCCCAAACCCCAACAAGCAACCUUUCCAGCAAAAUGCCACCCAAGAAGGAUGGGAUGCAGGCCAGCCUGCAAAGCAAGAGUCUGGCUGCCCUCUUCAACUCGGCGAAGGAUGUACGAGGAGAGAGGGCCAAGAAGCCCCCGCUGCGGCAUCGAAACCUUCCUCCAUCCUUCUUCACAGAGCCGGCCAACAGCUCCAGAGUUACAUCUACUUCUGGCAUGUCGCUCAAAGACCUGGAGCGAGGAACUCCGGAAGCAGUAGAUUUCUUGGAGCUUCUUGGACCCGAGUACAGCAACAUGGUCUCAGAGCAGGAUUUAUUCUACACCGCACCUAUCAGGAUUCAACAGGACGUGACUGUGGGCCCCGAGCCAUAUGACUCCCACCAUUUUGUAAGUGGUGGGUUCUUGUACACUGAACCUUGGGGCACUUGUGGCGGCACCUCAAAAAAGUCAGGAGACAUGCGGACAGUACCAGUACAGCCAAAUCUUUAUACCCACACAGACCUUUCUGGCAGUGUGCCUGUGGAACAGAGCUCGCCAUGUGCACUUACCUUUUCAAACUUCUUCACAGACUGCUCCGCACCUCCAGUCUCCUACGAUCUGGUAAACGGAUACAACAGAGGGAGCUUUUCUUCUCUUUAAGCCAGAGAUUUACUGUUUCUACAUUGGAACAAAAACAUUUCUGCAUUUUUCAGUACGGUAUUAAAAAGGACGCUACCUACAUGUAUUGCCCUUUUAAUCCUAAAACAUUUGACUCAAAACUAGCUAAGGGUUUCGUGUUUGAAGGGAUAACAUGUAUACAGUAGCAACCUGUAAAAGGUAUAUAAUCUUAAAAUGGCCUUUACAUCUAAGGACAAACUUUUCUCCAAUUAUUUAAUGAAAACAAAAUGCAUUUUACACAUCUCUAAUCAUAAAUUAACAAAACUAUGCUUCAGAAAUUUAUUUUAUUGCUUCCCUGUAAAUAAAACAACAAAAACACUUUGGACCUCUUAUCCUUUAUCAUGCAAUGUUUGAUUUAUAAUAUUACAAAUUUGAAGCAACAAUUUGUUACAGAGCUGAUUUCAGGGGGUCUGCUUGUUUGUUUAACUAUUUCUCUCUCUUUAUAGAUAACUUCACUCUGGUCAUUUUUGCAGUCAUUUCUAAUCAAAUAGUGUUGCAGUGGCUGUAUAAAGAUUAUAUAUUUAUCAUGUAUAUUAUAUUUAACUUACAUAUAUUUUAAGUGUCUUUUAAGUGCACAAACACACACACACACACACACACACACAAAAAAAAACAUUUUUGGGGCCAAGACAAAAACAUGUAACAUCUUGCAAUAGAGGCAAUCAAGACAAUCUGUCUACAUUUAAAUUUGUAUCACUGUUAAUGCAUAUCUUAUUUGUUGACUGCUUAACACGCAGUAUUAGGUUUGUACAUCUAAAACAAUGACUUACAGUUCCCUGAAGGUAAAUGUCUGAAUGAAUAUACUUUAGAUAUACAUGACAGAAAAAAAGUUUUAGGUCUGGAUUUUGAAGUUCCUUGGUAUUCCAAAAGAAAUUGAAAACUGUGAGUGUGUAAAACAAGGGUGGACAGAGAAGAAGGAUAAGGCAAAAUUGUGUAAGCUAUAAUAUGAAUUAGUUAUAAUGUGUUUUAUUUGCAAUACACCAGUAUUGUAUUCAUGUUCAUCAAAAAGGAGGCACAACAUGAACACAGGAACUUUACAACAUUGUUUUGUAACAGUAUGGCCUUACAUUGGUUUAUGAUUAGAAUUAAAUUAGGAAUCAGACAUUUCCAAUUGCACUGGGAAACAACCAUUAAAAUACAUGAAACUAAUUAAUUAUUUUUUAUUUAGUUGUAGUUUUAAAUUAAUUUUAUGUGGGAAGCAUCAGCCAAGAGUAAAGAAAAAAAAAAUUGUGUUUGUAAUUUAUAUGCUGAAACUAGUGCUUAUACUUGUUAUACUGGAUGAAGGUUUUCUUUGGUCAUAAAGUAAUGGGACAAAAUAAAGCUGGUCUUUAUGUCUAUUAAA